CGACCUCCUGGUGUACGAGUGGUGACGCUGAACUGGGGGAUUUGAGAACAAAGAGUUUCUGCAAGCACUUCCUGGGAAAAUGCUCUGAGAGAGGUCAAGGACUUCAUCUGGUUUAUGAAUCUCAGACAAAAGCAUCCAUCCUGCAUCAGUAGUUGUGAUCAGAAUGGUCCUGACUCAGACCUUCACCAUCUCUCUACUGAUGUAAGCAACGAAAAUUGCAUCUCCUGGAUAAGCAGGUCCUCACUGCCCUGUGAAGCCGCUCUGGCCGCCAGCCCCACCUCGACCUGCUGCUUGGCUCUGUGUUCCCGUUCAUGGAAAUGCCCCAGAAUUCAACAGGAGAAAAUAGCUUUUGUUUCACUCAGACACUCAACUUCUCCCACCCAUCUCCUCCUCCUGGUGAGGCUGACUGGACCUGUGAUGCCCUGAGUGGGCGAGAGGCAUGCAGCACCCCGCUGAGUAACGGCACCGCAUCUUCCAGCGCACCCAGCCCCUCUGACUCAUGUGCCGAACCCCUCUGCUCCACCACCCUGGGACAGGAGACCCAGUUCAACAAAGGGAUUAAAUACGUCUCGGCCGAAGAGGAGGAACUGGCAUGCGGCUGGGGGCGAUUCACCCCUGGAUGCUUACAGCUUUUUAACACGUCCAAGGGUAUCUUGUUCUUCCUCUGUGUGGCCUCCUUCCUGCAAGGCAUGACGGUGAAUGGCUUCAUCAACACGGUCAUCACCUCCAUCGAGCGGCGCUUUGACCUCCGCAGCUACCAGAGUGGGCUGAUCGCCAGCUCCUAUGACAUCGCAGCAUGCAUCUGCUUGACCUUCGUCAGCUAUUUUGGGGGGAACGGCCACAAACCGCGAUGGCUGGGUUGGGGUGUGCUGGUCAUGGGCUUGGGCUCCCUGCUCUUCGCCUUGCCCCACUUCACCACGGGACCAUAUGAGGCACAUUCGGCAGCAGAGUUGGGCAUCUGUGGGGGGAACCAGAGCCUGCCCUGCACCCAGGCUGCCUCCAGCCUCUCCAGCUACAGGUUUGUCUUCAUGCUGGGGCAGUUCCUGCACGGGAUGGGAGCCACGCCGCUCUACACGCUUGGCGUCACCUAUUUAGAUGAAAACGUCAAGACUAACUACUCCCCUGUGUACAUCGCUGUUUUCUACACUGCUGCAAUCCUUGGCCCUGCAGCGGGUUAUCUGGUAGGAGGAAUGUUUCUAAAUAUUUAUACUGAAAUUGGCAGAGAGAUUGACAUAGCCCCGGAGAACACGCUGUGGGUGGGAGCAUGGUGGAUUGGCUUUCUCGGGGCUGGAGCAGCCUCCCUCCUCAUCUCCAUCCCCAUCCUGGGGUACCCACACCGCCUCCCAGGAUCCCAGCGGUAUAUUGUUAUGAGGGUGUCCGAGGCUCAUCAGCUGAAAGAUGGGAGCCACAAAAAAGCAUCGGAUCCAGACUUUGGGAAAACAGUUAAAGAUCUGCCUCGGUCAGUACUGCUGCUUCUGAAGAACCCCACCUUCAUCUUCCUCUGCUUAGCAGGAGCAACCGAAGCCACCCUCAUUGCUGGGAUGUCCACCUUUGGACCCAAGUUCCUGGAGUCUCAGUUUAGUUUAAGUGCCUCUGAAGCUGCUACAUUUUUUGGUUAUCUUGUCGUGCCAGCCGGAGGGGGAGGCACAUUCCUGGGAGGAUUCCUUGUGAAUAAAUUUAAACUCCGCUGUUCAGGAAUCAUCAAAUUGUGUUUACUUUGCACGGUGUCAAGUCUGCUGGCUAUUUUCAUUUUUUUUAUUCACUGCCCUAACAUGCCGAUGGCAGGAGUAACCCAGAUGUAUGGGGGAAGUGCUUUGCCUGGUGGCCACCUAAACCUGACAGCAGCCUGCAACGCCGAGUGUGGCUGUCUACAGGAGACCUACAGCCCUGUCUGUGGGAGUGAUGACAUUAUGUAUUACUCUCCCUGCCAUGCUGGCUGCAAAAAAGUGUCCGAAAAGCUCAGAAAUGGCAAGAAGGUCUAUUAUGAGUGUAGCUGUGUUGACAAAACCCUCCAGUCCAGCCCUGGCCAUGCAGAGGCAGGGAAAUGCACCUCCUCUUGUGCGAAAAAGCCUCUGCUCCUGUUCUUCAUGUUCGUGGUGAUCCUCUUCACAUUCCUGAGCAGUAUUCCUGCACUGACUGCCACUCUGCGGUGUGUCUCCGACAGGCAAAGAUCAUUCGCGCUCGGGAUCCAGUGGAUUGUAGUACGAACACUAGGAGGCAUUCCUGGCCCCAUUGCCUUUGGGUCCAUGAUCGAUAAAUCCUGCCUGCUCUGGCAGGACCAGUGCGGCGAGCAAGGUUCUUGCUACGUUUACCAGAACUCGGCCAUGAGCCGAUACACCCUCGUCGCUGGACUGGUCUACAAGGUGCUCGGGACGGCCUUCUUUAUAGUCGCCUGUUUACUCUACAAACCCCCACCACCAGAAUCUGUUCCAGGCAGCUCAGAUGCAUCUGAAAAUGGCAACUGUGACCUCCAGGAACACAAACCUUCGCUGCCAGCUGAAGAGGAUAUAUAGCGCUUGUACGCAUGGAAGUGACUUUCUUAGUCUCAAAGAUAAGAUGAGAAGGCAUUAUAAAGUCCUAAGGGGUUUUUAAAUUAAUAGUAAUAUCACUUUUGUAGUUCAAGAGAAAUAAUUUAAUUAACCACUGAUGUGCUUGCUAUUUUCUUAACAGCAGGAGCACAUGGAAAAUUGUGUGCUGAUGCCAUAUGCAGUUAUUUAAUUCUAUUUAAAGAAAGGGCUACCUUAGCUUUAUUCUGUCUGUGACAAGCAAGGACUGCAUUCUCCACUCGUGGAAAUAAGCACCGGUAACUCCAAUGGAGCACGUGGGCUUUAAACCACCAGAGGACCUGGACCCUCACAUCUCAAUUGUAAAGCCAACUGUAGCAAAACUUCUAUUGAGACUUCCCAUGCCUGAAAAGAGCUCUGCUGCCCUGAAGUCUGCAUUGCGAAGAGGACGACUGGCCCUUAAACUACUGUAUGCAAAGCAGACAGCCCCAACAGUGUCCUCCUCCUUCCUGUGACACACUGCGUUGCUCAUUUUGUUCAGGAGCAGGUUAUUUCAUUAUGCAAAUUCACAUUACUGGGCAAUGAGAGAGAGGUUUGCCAUGAGAUUUGUCUAACAAAUUCAUCAGGACACUACAGGUAACCUUCUCUGAGAGCUGCCAAGCCCUGUAUGUUCACUGCCUCAUUUCUUUGCAGGGUUUACAUCGUGAUGGCACUUCUUUCUUUAUUUUUUCUUGCGUUAUUUGAAGGUGAUGCCUUUUGUAAUGUACUGUGCAAAACUUGAACUUCUUUCUUGCUGUUUGUUGGGUGCGGGAAGACAUGAGGUACAGAUCUAUGCAAUGCUUUUCUUUGCUUGCUCUGUAAAGACAUUGAGUUUGGGUAGAUGAGGAAAGUCAGAAUGAUUUUAAUUUGUCUCUAGACAGCUAGUUUAAGAGAUUGCUUGCCCUAGUGACAGACUGCCUUGGGAAAGGGGGAUGCUGACUUGUAACUGGCCUGCUUGCAAGUAGAGAAGGCAGCGUUCCCACAAUGACUUUUGAAUGUGCACUUGCAAUACUGACCAGGACUUUGCCGAGGGGGAAAAGUGGAGUGUGGGCAGGUGUUAUGUCUGGCUUCCCCUUCAACGCGGAUCAGGCGAGGUUAGUGCUUAAUAUACCUGUAUUUACACAGCCACACAAUCCAGGUACAGCUCUGGGGGAGGGCUGUGGCCAGCCCUGGAGUCUGACACUGUAUAAACCAUGUUCACCGGGAUGGGACCUCCAUUGAGCUGCAAAACUGGUGGUGCUUUUCUGGCAGCUGCUACUUAACAUUACUUUGUAGAUGUUUUUGUAUAUUUUGUGUAUUUAUGCUUUCAUAAAUGGACACAGGAUUAGCAUUUGCUUCCAUCAUUAUCAAAGGACCAACUCUCAGAGUGGAGGUGAAGCUGUUCCCCUGGCAGAUGGGGACAGUGGCACUGGGAGCGUGGUCGAUCUCCAGGUUGAUCAUUACUCCUCAAACAGCGGUUGAGAAAGAAGCUUCUUCCAUUUGCAGAUUGCUUUCCACAUAGUGACCUUCUCAUUUCCAAAGCCCUUGUUUCCCAGCCUCUGGCGAGUACUGGGAGAGGCUUGAGCAUCUCCAGGAAAAAUUAGAAGUGCUAAGGGUGAGAGGGAGGGUGGCUUUUGGCUGCUGGAACAUGGGCAGCUGGUGCAGCUUUGGGGCACAGCACGCAGUACAGCCCUGUUUUUCAGGGGUUAGACCCACAGACACAGGAAUUAACCUCAACACCACCCAAACACCAAAGGCUUCUUUGUAAUUUUCACCUGGGUUUGGAGCCUGUCUCCAAGUCCUGCCCAGCGAUUGCUCUUCUCAGCUAACAGACAUUUCAGGUACAAGCAGGGACCUUAGAUGGGGAAAACACAUGAAUGUAUCUUGGAAACAUAUUUUAUGUAUUGAGGUAUUUAUGAAAGGUAGAAGUUUUCCUUAAUAUAUAUAUAUAUAUGGAUAUUGCAAUGCAAUUCUGAUGUUUAUAAAAUGAGCUUAUCCAAGUGUGGUGCUUUGAGAGCAAAAGAAAACUCGCAGAUUCUGGGCAUUUGUUAUGUUGCCGUGGGACCAAUAAUUCAUGGAUUUAAGCAAGCAGCAACAUGGCUUUCCUGUUCUAUAAAAAGAUUAUAUAGGUGUACAGGUAACUUAAAAUAUUUGAAAGUAUGUUUCUCAGUCUCAUAUGAAGUAUUAUAUUGCUAUAAAAGCAUAGAAAUAUAAUCAGUAUUUCACAGGUACUUGUGUGUGUGUUUUUC